GGAAGAUAAGGUCGAGAUUUACACACUAAUCUCUCAAUAUUAGGCUGAUAAAAAGAAAUUUUUAUUUACUGCUUAUCAUGCAUAUGGUGUUUGGUGUAUUAUCAAAAGAUUAUUUCAAUAUUAUUGUGAAUCUGCUUCACGCAGCUUCAAGGUAUAAGUAAUCUUAAGUCUGACGAGUCAAACAAAACAUUAAAAAUGGCAGAGAAACAAGCUAGUGAAAAGCGGAAAAAGUCACAACCACAGCCGUUGUCUAGGCAAACAAAGAUCUUAACCACUGCAGCAAUUCUAUUCGGGAAUUUAGUAUAUGGACGCAGUUUUAAUACUGUCUCACCAGCCUUGGACAAUAUGAGAUCAAAAUAUGGAACGACAAUUGAAGCCAUUUCAGUAGUGUUCACUAUUAGCACAAUUAUGUACUGCUGUGGUGCGAUUUUGUGCGGCUUCAUUUCGCACUAUGUAAAUCGACAGCUGGUCGUUUUAUUUGCUAUAACUGCACUGGUCACCUCACUGUAUAUAAUGCCAUAUUGUCCCACCAUAACAAUGUUUUUCAUUUGUGGUGGAAUGGUAGGAUGUUCAGCGGGUCUGCAUGACUCGUCACAAAUGGUUUGGAUGAUUGAAAUAUGGCAACAUAAAGCUGGUCCCUUCAUUCAGGCUCAACAUCUUUCCUAUGCCAUCGGUACAGUUAUACCAACUGUAAUCGUUGCUCCAUUUCUGAACAAAAAUGACAACACAACGGAUUCAUCGGCCACCGAUGCAUCAACGAUGCACAUCCCAUUCUUAAUUAUCGGAACUUUAGGUUCCUUAGCGUUACUUACCCACUUUCUUCUCUUCACAUUCUACAGAUAUCAUACGCCACCCAUGUAUGCCAACGAGAAUUUCGAAUUGAUUGACGAUGCUAAAAAUGUUCCAUCCCCAACCGAAACAGAGUUAAGUUGUGGAAGCGUAUCGAUAAACCAACAACAGGAGAUUGUUACUGUGAUGGGAGUUAGCGUUAGAAAAAUUAAAUUAGUUGUUAUUACGGUAGUGUUUCUCGGUGCUUAUCAAUCGAUGGAGGUCUCUUCGAUGCAAUUUUUACCAAUUUUUGGUCAGUACAGCGACCUUAAAAUGACUGAAUCGGCCUCAUCGUACGUACUCACAGGAUUAAAUGGAAUGUUUGCUUUCGGAAGACUAAUCGGGACGAUAGUCAUUUUUAAAGUACGACCGGAACUCAUAAUUGCAUUGAAUAUCAUUCUUGUCAUAAUGGGCAACGUAAUUCUAUUGAUCUGGGCGAACGAUAGUCUGACUAUGUUCUGGUUAGGCAGCAUGAUUCUCGGAUUAGGCUUCUCGACAAUGUUUCCCAGUUUUUGUGCUUUCAUUGAGAAAUAUUUGGUCUUCACGACCUCGGUGGCGUCGAGUACUAUUGUCUUUGGCUCGUUCGUCUCGUCGAUAUAUCCUCUUAUUAUAGGUAAGUUCAUUGAACAUCAAGCUGUUGUUUUAACAUACACUAAUUUGUUGAGUAUAUCCGUCAGUAUCGUUGCCAUGAUUUUGGGAUAUAAAUUGACGCGAGAGAUUGUAACUCGUGAACGAUAAACGUGUGAUAAUAUUGCAGCUACAAGUAGUAAAUUUAGAUUUUAAUUGUGGAACCUUUUAGGAACGGCAAGUGCAUCUCACAUAAUGGUUAAGCUUAAUCCCACUUUAGUUCUUUUUUGAAAUGGAAGAUAUUUUAGUUUUAUAUUCGCCCAUUCUACAGACAGUAAGCAUAAAUAUGU